AUGUUCCUCCUCGUCGAUUACCGCUCCCCCAUCAACACGCAUGGCCACUCCCUAACAACCUUGGUCCAGAUGAUGUUCGUCUCUGGCGAGACCGGUGAGCCUUCUCCUGAGACCACGACUCUGAUAGAGUCCAUUGUCCAAGACCAGGUGCAGCAUAUGCUCCGCGAAUGUACAACUCUCGCCACUCGCCGCGGCUCCAAGUCGAUAGGUACAGACGAUCUCUUCAUGCUCAUCCGGCAUGACCGCGCCAAAAUCUCCCGCCUGCGGCAUUUCUUACAGUGGAAGGAUGUCCGCCGCUCCGUCAAGGACAGCGACGAUAAGGGUGGCGACGCAGGUGCGGACGUCGCAGCAGGAGACGCAGACCUCGCUGCUGGAGUCGUUGGAGCAGGACCUGCUGCGCCAGGUGAUGCGGGAAAGAAGGCGAAGCGCGCAAAGGUGGACCUAGUAUGGGACGUGCAAUCCUUUUUCGCAGAGAACCCACCCUUGAUGGACGAUGUCGAAGACGAGGAAGAGGAAGAGAUGAACUACGCGACCCUGCAACGUCUUAAGAACGCCGACGAGCGCACCAAGAACAUGACCAGAGAAGAAUACGUUCACUGGUCUGACUGCCGACAAGCUUCUUUCACUUACCGCAAGGGCAAGCGGUUCAAAGAAUGGGCUGGCUUUGGGUUGAUCACGGAUUCGAAACCAAGCGACGACAUCAUUGAUAUCCUAGGUUUCUUGACAUUUGAGAUCGUGCAGACCCUCACAGAAGAGGCGUUGAGGGUUAAGGAAGCUGAAGAUCUGUACAAGAAGAGCACCGGGGGCGGCGCCGAAGCAAAUCGGCUGAAGAGGAAGAGGGAAAGGGGUCUUUUUGAUCCACCGGAAGAGGCUAGGGAGCCAGUGCAGCCUGGGCAUGUGCAGGAGGCGUAUCGCAGACUCCAGCGGGGAAACAUGAAAUCCAGAGCGAUGCUGAACUUUACGAAGAGCGUGCAUCGCGCGGCACUGAAGCUGGUGAGUUUACUUCCUGAAUAUGGAACGAUGAGAUGA